AUGCCCACCAGCCUCAGCCUGCCCUUCAACCUCCCCUUCGACCUCGGCCUCAAGCUGCCCGUCGGCCUGCCCGUCGACUCCAACGCCCUGCUAGUGCUGGCCGCCUCGGUUGCCGCCGCCGUGCCGUGCAUCUACAUCUGCACCGCAAACGCCGUGCGCAACCGCUUCCCGGAGCUGCUGGAGAAGCGCGUGUGUCUGCUGAUUGCCCACCCGGACGAUGAGGCCAUGUUCUUUGCGCCCACCGUGCUGGCGCUGGCACGGCCCGAGACGGGCAACCACGUCAAGAUUCUCUGCUUGAGCUCAGGCAACGCGGAUGGACUUGGCGAGACGAGGAAGAAGGAGCUUGUCCAGAGCGGCCUGGCCCUGGGUCUGCGAGACGAGUCCGAUGUCUUUGUGGUUGACAAUCCCAAGGACUUCCCCGACUCCAUGGCCACGCACUGGGACGAGACCAAGAUCGCAAACCUCCUCACAAAGGCCUUUGCGCCGCAACUGGCGCGCCAGCGAGCCGAAAACGCCUCCGAGCCCACGGCCAACAUCGACGCCCUCAUCACUUUUGACGGCAACGGUGUGUCGUCCCACCCCAACCACAUCUCUCUCUACCACGGCGCACGAGGUUUUGCCAAGGCUCUGACCGAGGGCAAGCCCGAAUGGAAGAGCCCCGUCGACGUCUACACCCUCAACACCGUCAGCCUGCUGCGCAAAUACUCUGGCGGCCUAGAUCUCUUCACCACCAUCGCCUCAUCUCUAUUCACACCCAACAAGGACCCCGAGCGUCCUGAGAAGCUGAUUUAUGCCAACAACCUCAUCGGCUCAGAGCCUAGCCUGGGUACUGCGCUGAGCGCCAUGACCACUGCGCAUAAGAGCCAGAUGGUCUGGUUCCGCUACCUGUGGCUCGGAUUCAGCCGAUACAUGCUCGUCAACGACCUGAGACUGGAGAAGGUCGACGAGGAGAACUAA